AUGGAAAAUUACGAAAAAAAAAAUUCCGAACCUGCUCCAGCAUACAUUUUUCCUCCAUGCCAGACAACUUCCUCAAAACCUCUAGGUUUCGGGAUCGCUGGAGGCGUAGUGUACUCACAGAACGCACAUAAAUGGAGUUUUAUGAACGACGUUACUGACCGAAAAUUAAGUGAAUUUUUCAAACCAUUGUCACCACUUGUUCAGCUGUUUCCACCGACGCGACCUUACGUCCCAAAAGAGCUUCAUUUACUCAAGUGGCAAAAGGAAGAAUAUAUCAAAGAAUCGGUUUCAUCAUUACAUAGUUUUUACCCUGAUGUUGAAAUUUCAGAUGAGUUAUUAGAGCAAUGCCUCGGCGAAGGGCUAGAAUACCAGGACAUGAUUGAACAGGAUGAUCCGUACACCGGUAAUCUUGUCGCAUUCGGCGAACUCGCGCCGAAGAAAGAUCUCUCCAUAAAGUUUAUAACGUUUCCUACAGGUGUUCUUGGAAAUGAGUUGAGCAUAGCAAUUCUAGAUUCCUAUCAAAACAAAUGUAAAAACGGAUUUAACAUCGCCUCGUAUGAAUUCGUGCCAUCCGGUAAUCCAAUUGCAAAAUUUAAGACUCCAAUUCGACAGAUCGAGUGUUCUCCUUCAGAGACUAAUAUCUAUUCAGCACGUGACAAUCUUUCUACUUCCUCUUUAAUCGGUGUCCGAACUCUUACAGGAACAACCUUACUGUAUUCACGAACAACAACACCCGACGAUCCAGAAUUCGAUAAAACUCCAGUGAUAGCAACAGCGUUAGAUACGCUCCCAAAUAAUGAUCCACAACGUCAUGGAAAUGAACAAAUGCAUCUGACGUUUAAUCCAUCGAUCUUUGGCGAGGCGGUGGUUACUGAUGAUUGUGGCGGAAUACAUUUGUGGCGUAUCGAGCGUAAAAAAUCUGAUAAGUGCAUGAUUCAAAGUAUGCCAUAUACUACACUUCGAGAAUCGGACCCUAUUUUUGAUUCUUCAUCUUCGUUGGAGAGUAAUAAUGAACGAUGGUGGAAUACACAGUACGGUGCACAUCCUAAAGCACUUAUAGUUGCUUCGAGGUCUAGCGUGAAUCUAUUCGAUUUGCGAGCAUCUUUUUCACAACAAACAUCGCUUACUUUAUUCAGCGCGCAACAACCUGCUGACAAAAUAUAUGCGUUUCAGCGAACAUCUGCUCCACACGGCUUUCAAUCUGUCGUCGCAACAACAAACAAAAUCGUGUUACUUGAUCAUCGGUUUCCUAAUCGUGCGUUACUGAACUGGGAGCAUUUUCAUAUUCGUGAUCUGCCGUGUGGGGUCGAAAUGAUUAAUCAAAAUGAAGAAUCCUUAAUUAUAGCCUGGUCAAAAAACGAACCCAAACUAACAGCCUUCCACAGCUCAACGUGCUUCUCAGACUCUAUCUCUUCAAAAUGUUAUCCAGUUCAAAUCCCGUCAAUUUAUUCGCAUCCUGUUUAUCAUCGAGAAAACUACCCAAGGGAAUUGAUGAGUAAGUGGCAUUCUAGAACCGAGAUCUCUUAUUAUAAAAGCGCAACGAACCCUUUCCGAAGAUUGCCGCCCUUGAUGAGUGUGCGUGCACUGUUGCAAGAUGCUAGCUAUAAGAGCAAUCAUGAUCCUAACAAUGCUCAAAAUGACAAUAGUAAUAUCAAUGAAAACGAAAUACCGUUUCUCAAGACUGGAUUAUGCUUCACCGUCUUUCAAUUAUCGUAUACCGGAGCGUUGUUUAAGUCGUCACAUUAUUUAGGACCUGAAGCGAGUGUCGCUCCAGAACCAUACAUCGAAAAUAAAGAAAUAAUAUUUGCGCCAAUUUCUAAAGACGUGGAAACAUUACAGUUACAGUCUGCAAACGAAAAUCUUGUUGGUACUAAUCAUGAAAUUAUGUAUAAGAAGCACGUGCGAUUGCCGUAUGAUCGAGUGUGGGAAUAUAUCGCUCGCGAAUUUGAAACUUUUCCAAUGUAUGAGCCAGAUAUUAAUGAUUCCCUAAAAGUCGGCACUGUAUUCACGAACUGGAAUCACUUCGAGGAUUUUCUAGAAGAAUAUUCGAAACGCUUUAGAUUCACAUAUGUUAUUAUGAAUCGGGUAUAUAACGAGAAGGAAAAUCUUAGAUCUGUGUUGUAUCGAUGUAAUACUAGAUUUUGCCGAUGGCAAGUUCAGGUCGAGCUUUCAAAAGUAGAUGAGCGUAUAAAGAUCGUUCGGCUUCAUGACAAGCAUAACACCAAUUUGGUUUUUGUCCAUAGCUAUAGGAAAGUUUCUCGAAACUUGGAGGAUAGAAAUGGUGAUGAUGGUGCGAUGUCUCUUGAAGAUUUUGUGCAGCAUGAGCGUGAGCUGGUUUCGGAAGCUUCACAUUUUGUUACUUUAUACGAACUAUCCAAGGACUAUAUCUUAAAUCAGACAAAAAUCACACCUCAAACGCAAUACAUUUAUCAUCAAUUAUCCGUAAAUAUAAUACCAUGGUUCGAAGGCAAAAAUAUAAACAAGCUAUAUAGGGAAUGUCCAAACAAAACUAACACGCUAAAUUACGCAUCUUCCGUGUUUCUUAAUAAUCUCUCGAACUUGUUGGUAUCGAAUGAAGGUGGAUGCGAAUUUAUAAACUGUCUACAGACAUUUUUUGAAUUUCCGUUGUUGGCUCAGAGAUCGGACAAAAACUGGGACUGGGAAAAAGCAAAGGAAGCGUUAAGACGAGCAUAUGUGGGGGUAAUGCCUGAAGAAAGAAAUGAAGAACAAGAAGAAAGGUCGCAAAAUUUUUCGCGGGCGCUAAAAUGCCGUGAAUUUGCUAUUGACGAUUUGAUGCGAGAUCUUAAGCUUAGUUCACGGAUGCUGAUACCAAAGAAUAAUAAAAGACAAGGAGAGCACGGAAUAUUAUCUUACGAGUUUAUCAGUACAAAUCUUAAAGAGAGUAUAGGAUCCUGCGAGUCUUCUUACUUGUUUCCGGAAAGCGUAAAUCUUGAUAGUAACAAGGAGGAUAGUAAUAGUGCAUCAAAAGUAAAGUUAUCUAAUUUGUCACAAGCAUUGCUCGAUAAUUGGACUAUUGGCGAGGAUUUGAGUGCAUAUGUUUAUAUUGAUCCUGAUGAUCGGGCUGCAUCACUAAGAAAAAGCCAACAGAUGGCUACUUAUCGAGCAAGGCCUCGUUAUCCGGAAUCGUCAACACGAGAACGAAGGUAUUCAGGAUCCGAGAAAACCCCAGCCAUUGAUGAAAUGGAUAUGAUGACAGUGGGGGAUAUGACAGUGGGGGAUAUGACAGUGGGACAAUCGAGCAUAAUUGAAAAUUCUACGACAACUGAUAGUGGUAAUCAGCGAAAAAAGCCUCUUAAGAGGAAAAUAAGAAUGAGGGGCUUUUAA